AUGGCACCAACUUCUCAUCUUUUAGUGAGAUUCUUUGCCAAUUCCAAACUUCUACCUCCACCUUUACCCUUGUCCCCUAUCAUCUUUUUCUCUGUUCUCAAAACUCUCCUUUUCAGACGCACUCACCUCUUCUCCUGUUGCCGCUCAUCCUCCUCCUCCUCUUUUUCACCUUCUUCCCUACUUUCGUCUCUUACCCCCAGUGCUCCUUUAAGUAACCACUCCCUUCUUCUCGGCUUCGCAACCCUGAUCGUCGUCCCCUUUUCUUUCUCCUCCCUUUUUUUCCUCCCCCCAACAUUAAUAAUUUCACCCUCCCUCUGUAUUUUAAGCUUUCCCUCAUUACCCCCUCUCUUAAACUUUCUAUUUAUUAUUUCACAAAUAGACAUCCACCACACCACGUCUCUCUUGCUCUCUCUCUCUCUCCUUUUAACGUCUCUCUUGCUCUCUCUCUCUCUCCUUUUAACGUCUCUCUUGCUCUCUCUCUCUCUCCUUUUAACGUCUCUCUUGCUCUCUCUCUCUCUCCUUUUAACGUCUCUCUUGCUCUCUCUCUCUCUCCUUUUAACGUCUCUCUUGCUCUCUCUCUCUCUCCUUUUUAACGUCUCUCUUGCUCUCUCUCUCUCUCUCCUUUUAACGUCUCUCUUGCUCUCUCUCUCUCUCUCCUUUUAA